AUGUCCGCCAACAAAUCCAAUGGGAACGCUGCCAAUCUGACCAUGGCCGAGCGCGCAGCUUUGGCUCAGAAGCAGAAACUGGCAUCACAGUCGCCUGCAUCAGGCACAACUGGUUCCACGUCGAUAGCAGCGACGACGAUCGAUGAUGAUGACUGGGGACUCGGUGAUUUUGGCGCGCCCUCCAAGCCUUCAACUCAACCCCAAUUUGCACCGCAGCCGAAACCCUCAUCCACACAAGAUUCGUUACUCGGAUUCGACGACGACGUUUCGCCAACUACAUCCCAAACAACUACUCAAAAGGCCACUGGAUCUCUAUGGGAUAUCGACGACUUUGCUUCGCCUCCGAGCAAGCCUCAAGAACACGUUGACAAUCCCGACUUGGACUUCGAUUUCGGUAAUCGUGAAGACCGAGAUUUCUCCUCAACGUCCAACACCGCUGCUCAAGAACACGGGGAGGAUGACAUCCUUGGCAUGCUCAGCAAGCCAGUGGAGGCAGUUAGGGCGAGUCAACAGAAACCCGCCAAUGGUGGCUACUCGCAUUCUACUACACCCUCACCUCAGCCUCUGCCAUCUCGAAGUAACGCGACAAGAUCAUCCUCACCUCCACCCCACAUUCUCGGCCAAAUCGUAGAGAUGGGUUUCUCAGUUGCCCAGGCCAAGGCUGCUCUCGCACGAACAGAAACCGGUACAGACGUACAAGCCGCUCUCGACAUGCUCCUUGGCGAAGGAAGCAACAAUCCCAGUCGAUCCGUCACACCAGCUUCAGACCGCAGGCGCCCCGGUGCCGGUGAACGUGGCUACUCUGACGAAGAUGUCCAACCCAGGAGAAGGCCCGCUCAACCUCAACGCGAAGGGUCGUCGGGCACUGGAACGCCCAACGCCGAGAAGCUUAUUGCUCAGGCAAGCGAAAUUGGCUUGAGCGUACUCUCAAAGGCAUCUCUGUUUUGGAAAGAAGGAAAGGAGAAGGUGCAGAAGGCAUAUGUGGAAGCAAGUGGUAGUGUUGCAUCUGGUACCCGCGAUACCCGACCCAAGUGGAUGCAAGACGCCGGCGAGGGAUCGAGCCAGCCGCCGCAGCGGUACAACGAAGAGCGUGGAGCAGUGGGUUCAAGCUUCAGAGACGGCGAUGACGACUACGAGCCUUCAUCCGCAUUCGCCGAUUCACCUGUCUCAAGCGGGUUCAAUCGCAAGCAAGCUCCUCCUCCCCCUCAACAACAACGAGCGCAGCAACCAGAGCCAGACCUCUUCUCUUCUGAACCAGCUGAGCCCAAGAUUUACGUAUCACCAUUCCGUCGCAAAAAGGUUGAUCUCUCCGCCCCUUCUGCCCCUGUGGCAGAACCAAGCCGUGCACUACCUCCUCGGGCUGCACCCGCUCCCAAACCCAAACGCCACCUUCCUUCAUGCUCUCCAUCCAACCUAUCCCGCGUCGUCCAACACAAGACCAAAGGAACCGACGCCUUCAAGCUCGGACAAUUCAGUGUCGCAGCCGAGGAAUACUCCAAAGCCAUCACUCUCCUCCCCUCCAAUCACCUCCUCCUCGUACCCCUCCACACCAACCGCGCCAUCGCGCGCAUCAAAUGCGGAGAGUGCAAGGCCGCCAUCGAAGACGCUAGUGGUGCAUUGUCUAUCAUCGGGUCUCAGAAAGGCUGGGAGAGUUGGCAUCCAAGUGACGAAGAGGGCGGAUGGGAAUUGGAGAAUAACGAUUCGGAGGCCGAUGGAAGAGGCGGGUACACUGUCGCACGAUCCAAAGGUGCUGAAUGGAGUGAUUCUUGGGGCAGAGGCGUCGAUCUCAAGGAUGGCUGGGUGAAGGCGGUCAAGCGACGCGCUGAAGCAUUCGAGGGCCUCGAGAAGUGGAAGGAUGCCCGCAAGGAUUGGGAGAUCCUGGCUGGCGGAGGCGGAGGAGGCUGGGUUGACGCGAAUACCCGACAGGAAGCUGUUCGAGGCCUUGGAAGGUGUAAGAAGAUGUUGGAUGCUGCUACCGCCGGAGACAGUGCAGGCUCGAGUCGCCCUGCUGCUCCUGCAGCACCCAAAGUCAAACCCCGACCUCGCCCCACCCCGCCUGCAUCCACCAACACAGCUCCCGGAGUCGCAGUCCAGGCAUAUCGCGCACAAAUCAAGGAAGCCGAAGCUGAGGAUGCCCUCAAACAUACCCUCAAGGACAGCGUGGAAGCCAAACUCGAAGCGUGGAAGAAGGGUAAAGAAACCAAUUUGCGAGCUCUGCUGGCUAGCUUGGACGUGAUUCUAUGGGACGAGGUCCUGAAGGAGAUGGGCAAGAAGCCCGGGAUGGCAGACUUGAUUAGCAGUGGUGGUGUUAAGAAGUGGUACAUGAAGGCUGUCUCUAGGGUACAUCCCGACAAGCUCAACUCGAACAACUCGACUGUAGAACAGAGGAUGAUCGCUGGAGGCGUGUUCGGGGCGCUCAACGAAGCUUGGCUGGCGUUCAAGCCGUAA